GAUGCUGGAGUCAUCCCCGCCGCCACCGCCGCCGCUGCUGCUGAAUCCCAGGGGCUGCCAGAGCAUGGACUAUUAAAAACUUGCAUUUCUGCAGUGUGAGGUAAUACUUUAACUCCAAUAUGGGAAAGCAAAACAGCAAACUACGCCCUGAAGUCAUGCAAGAUUUGCUAGAAAGUACAGACUUUACAGAACAUGAAAUCCAGGAGUGGUACAAAGGCUUCUUGAGAGACUGUCCAAGUGGACAUUUAUCUAUGGAGGAGUUUAAAAAAAUAUAUGGAAACUUUUUUCCUUACGGGGACGCUUCUAAGUUUGCAGAGCACGUAUUCCGCACUUUCGACGCCAAUGGAGACGGAACAAUAGAUUUCAGAGAAUUCAUCAUAGCCUUGAGUGUAACGUCGAGAGGAAAACUGGAGCAAAAGCUGAAGUGGGCAUUCAGCAUGUACGACCUUGACGGGAAUGGCUACAUCAGUAAGUCAGAGAUGCUGGAAAUCGUGCAGGCAAUCUAUAAGAUGGUUUCUUCUGUAAUGAAGAUGCCAGAAGACGAGUCAACCCCAGAGAAGAGGACUGAGAAGAUCUUCCGCCAGAUGGACACCAACCGUGACGGAAAGCUCUCUCUAGAAGAGUUCAUCCGAGGCGCCAAGAGUGAUCCGUCCAUCGUCCGUCUCCUGCAGUGUGAUCCCAGCAGUGCCGGGCAGUUCUGAACCUGUACUUUGGAUUAAUUAUGUAUCUGCUUUUUUUUUUUUUUUUUUCCUUGCCAAACAACAUUCAUGGUAGUGUUGCCUCUGUAUGGCCAAUUAUGCCUUCAUUUGUGGCAUCUUAUAGCUUAUUUUGUUGUGGAUUAAUUAUAAGAAUGCUGAAUUGCUCUUAACAAUUUGUCCAGAGCAUGGGCAGUACUGUUCUAAACAGAUAUUGUGGUGUUAUCAUUGUUUUUAAAUUUUUUGUUUGUUUGUUUGUUUGUUUGUAUCUGUUUUGGAAAGUAAUGUGUUGAGGAGGAGUAAACCAACAACAAACCCCUUGGCAGCAAGACACACUGACAGAUUUUAGAUUGCUGCUUUAGUUGUUAGGUAUUCACCUGCAGGACCUGAAAGUGUAGUAAGGCUGAACCAAAGGGUUUGUGAUGCGUGUGGUAGGAUUCACCUGGAACCUCCUCUCCUGUCCAGGAGGCACCAGUUAAGAUCAAAGACAGGACUGGGAAGAAGUAUGAAAAUGCAAAACAUGUGUGGGGUGUAUCAUCCAUUCCUAUGCCUCGUUGUUUCAAUGCUGUGAACACUUUCCAGGUUGUGAAGAAGGGACAAAAUGAAGGUUGACAUUUUUUUACUAGGUUUACAGUGGUUGAAGUCAUAUGGCUUUAUCUGAAAAUUCAGCAAUUUGCAAUCCUGAUCUCCAAAUCCACAACUGACAAUACCUCUUGCCGUUUGGGAUCAGCAAAAGCAGACACAGAUAUGAAAAGCUGGGUCUUGACAAUGAAUUUAAGGGAGAUACGUGUUGAAUGUGAAAUUUUCAGGUUAGUAAUAAAGCAGUUGCUACUAGGGAGAGUGGGCAUUCACAUGAAGAACUCACAGACACCUGCAAGCAGCUCCAGCUAAGGCACAUCUGCUGUUCUCAAUGCUCUUGCAUAGCAGGAAGUUUUGGGGGUGUUUUUGUCUCUCUCCAGGUAGCUACCAGAGUUUCUGGGCCUGCUCUUAGGGGAAGGCUGUCAUCAAAACUUGUUUUAAACAUAAAAUUGUAGCAUUUAUAUUUCACUUAUUUUAGUAAAGUUCAAAAAAUCUGUACUGAAAUGAGGAAAUGGUACGCUUUAUGAUAUAUUUAUAUAUAUAAAAAUUAAAACAAAAAAAGAUCAGCUCUUGAGAGAAAUGUUGAAUGUUUAUCUUUCCGCCUAGGUGCAGGAGUUAUGAAAUUUGCUGCUGCAAAAUUUUAUCCUUUGGUCAAAGUUGCUGUAUGCAAAGCUAGUACACACACGUGGGAUUUUUUAGGGACUUUACAAGUGCUGUUGCAAAAGAAAAGCUGGAAAAGCUUUAGCAACAGGAGGCAUUAUGCUGACUAAAUUGGCAUUAAUCACUUAUUAGCUGAAGUCUGCUUUGUGAUCCUGCUGGAGAGCUACCCAUGCAGGCAGCAGCACAGUGUUGGGAAUUCAUGAGCUCGUUAGAGUAACCUUUGUCUGAGAGACAAAGUUGGCAUUUUGUCAAGUGACCUUGUAGAUGCUAAUCCCCAGUAGCCUUAAUUUAAAAUAAACCAAGUAAAAGAAGUCUGCUUUGCAGAUGAUGAUUAGCUAAGUACUAAUUAGAAGUCACGAAUAAGUAGUUGAGCAUAAAUAAUCUUCUGUGGAACACUAGCUAGCAUGUACAAUAACUGACAGAAGCAAUCCUAUACUUAUUUUUUCCAUACCAUUUGCUUUGCUAGGUGUUGGGGGCAAAGCAUUUUAAGAGAAAAUAAAAAUAAAUUGAAAAUAACAUUGUUAAUUAGUAGUACUAAAAUUUUUAUGAGUGGCUAAUAACACUCAAUAAAUGUCUUCAAGCACA